AAGUAUUUGAAUCAUAAUCUCUGUAAGGAACAGGAAACAUUUGGAAAAAAGAAAAAUAAAACAAUGACAAUGUAUUAAAAACAAUCAAUCUGAUAAUCCGCAAGGCAUAAAAAAUACCCCGGGUGAAACAACCAAACUUUCCGCGAAUCAGCCAUAAAAAAUGGCAACGUAGUAGUGGCGAGAAAUUCCAGAAAAAAUAUGGAUUUUGUUCCUGUUUUUGAUACUGAGCCUCCUCCCAUGAAUGAUGAGGAUGAUGUGGUGCUCGACUCAGAAAGUUUUGCUAAAUUUACACACAAUACCACAGAUGACUGGGGAGAUUUUUCAAACUUCGAAUCUGCAGGUGCAACAGAUAUUAAUAGUGACUGGAAUAGGUUUUCGCCCCCACCCUUGUCACCAGCAGCAAGUAGUCAGACAGUGUUAUCUAAUGGUACUGAAGAUGUUAAACAGAAAAAAAGCAACGAAUGGGGAAGCUUUUCAAAUUUCUCUACUAGUCAGCAUGAGGAUGCUUCCAAUUCUAAUACCUUGAAUAAUAGCACAAAAACAACAUCAACAAAACUAGAUUAUUCUGUUCAACUGCGACUUCCUGUGACAUCACAACUAGAAAUUGAGGAAAAAUCAGGAUUUGGAUUAUUUUACAAGGACGAUUCCUCUGGCGAACUUGAAACAAACACUAGUUUCGGUGAUUUUACAGAUUUUGCAUCAUCUUCAAAUCUAAAUGAUAAUUUCGACAAUGUGUAUUUUAAAAAUGACACAAUGACUAAUAAUGAUAAACAGACUGAAAACAACAUUGAUAUCUUCACAAAUAAAAUGAAUGAAAACAUUACUCAACAAGGAACAUCUAGCAAUCGUUUUGAAUCUCUUGCAUCUGAUAAUUUUGGGGACUUUAGUUCUAUAGAAACUAAUAUUAAAGGAUUAAAUGUGAUAAACAGUACCGUUCCAGUUGUCAACAAAGACACAAAUAUGGCGAACAAUAGUGAAACGUUUGGAAACAUAAAUGCCAAAAUAGAUAAUCAACCUAAGGACAAUAACCAUGUUGAUGAUAUUUUUGAUCAUGAGAAAAUUUCUUGUGAAAAAGAACAUAUUACAAUUAUAGACACAAAUAAGAUGUAUUUGAAUGAUAAUAAACCAGAUAAUCUGAAAGUCAGUCUAAUGCAAGAAUUUAACAUGCCUAACGACUGCUAUGGUGUUCCAGGUGAGGAUACUAAACAGUUAACAUCAGACAGUACCAUAAGCCAGGCCCAUGAUUUUAAAACUACAGCACAAGCUAAAGGUAAAACGUAUUCUGCCUCUGUUAUUAAAAGCAAAGAAUUUGGUGACAUUAGUACAUCAGAGCAAACAGAUAAUUUUGGUGGUUUUGAAACUGCAGCACAAGUUGAAGAGAGUAAAGAUGUUAAUUUUGUUACUGAAAGUGAAGAAUUUGGUGACUUUGGUACAUCAGACGAAACAGAUAAUUUUGGUGGUUUUGAAACCACAGCACAAAUUGGAGAGAUUAAAGAUGUUAAUUUUGUUACUGAAAGUAAAGAAUUUGGUGACCUUGGUACAUCAGAGGAAACAGAUAAUUUUGAUGGUUUUGAAACUACACCACAGAUAGAAGAGAGUAAAGAUGUUAAUUUUGUUACUGAAAGUAAAGAAUUUGGUGACCUUGGUACAUCUGAUGAAACAGAUAAUUUUGGUGAUUUUGAAACCACAGCACAAAUUGGAGAGAGUAAAGAUGUUAAUUUUGUUACUGAAAGUGAAGAAUUUGGUGACUUUGGUACAUCAGACGAAACAGAUAAUUUUGGUGAUUUUGAAACUACAGCACAGAUAGAAGAGAGUAAAGAUGGUAAUUCUGUUACUGAAAGUAAAGAAUUUGGUGACUUUGGUACAUCAAAACAAACAGAUAAUUUUGGUGAUUUUGAAACUACAGCACAAAUUAAAGAGAGUAAAGAUGUUAAUUUUGUUACUGAAAGUGAAGAAUUUGGUGACUUUGGUACAUCAGACGAAACAGAUAAUUUUGGUGAUUUUGAAACUACAGCACAGAUAGAAGAGAGUAAAGAUGGUAAUUCUGUUACUGAAAGUAAAGAAUUUGGUGACUUUGGUACAUCAAAACAAACAGAUAAUUUUGGUGAUUUUGAAACUACAGCACAAAUUGAAGAGAGUAAAGAUGUUAAUUUUGUUACUGAAAGUGAAGAAUUUGGUGACUUUGGUACAUCAGACGAAACAGAUAAUUUUGGUGAUUUUGAAACUACAGCACAGAUAGAGAAGAGUAAAGAUGGUAAUUCUGUUACUGAAAGUAAAGAAUUUGGUGACUUUGGUACAUCAAAACAAACAGAUAAUUUUGGUGAUUUUGAAACUACAGCACAAAUGGGAGAGAUUAAAGAUGUUAAUUUUGUUACUGAAAGUAAAGAAUUUGGUGACCUUGGUACAUCUGAUGAAACAGAUAAUUUUGGUGAUUUUGAAACCACAGCACAAAUGGGAGAGAGUAAAGAUGGUAAUUCUUUUAGUGAAAAUAAAGAAUUUGGUGACUUUGGUACAUCAGAUGAAACAGAUAAUUUUGGUGAUUUUAAAACUACAGCACAAAUUGGAGAGAGUAAAGAUGUUAAUUUUGUUACUGAAAGUAAAGAAAUUGGUGACCUUGAUACAUCAGAACAAACAGAUAAUUUUGGUGAUUUUGAAACCACAGCACAAAUUAGAGAGAAUGAUGUUAAUUCUGUUGGUAAUAAUAAAGAAUUUGGUGACUUUGGUACAUCAGACGAAACAGAUAAUUUUGGUGAUUUUGAAACUACAGCACAAAUUGGAGAGAGUAAAGAUGUUAAUUUUGUUGAUGAAAGUAAAGAAUUUGGUGACUUUGGUACAUCAGAUGAAACAGAUAAUUUUGGUGAUUUUGAAACUACAGCACAGAUAGAAGAGAGUAAAGAUGGUAAUUCUGUUACUGAAAGUAAAGAAUUUGGUGACUUUGGUACAUCAAAACAAACAGAUAAUUUUGGUGAUUUUGAAACUACAGCACAAAUUGAAGAGAGUAAAGAUGUUAAUUUUGUUACUGAAAGUGAAGAAUUUGGUGACUUUGGUACAUCAGACGAAACAGAUAAUUUUGGUGAUUUUGAAACUACAGCACAGAUAGAGAAGAGUAAAGAUGGUAAUUCUGUUACUGAAAGUAAAGAAUUUGGUGACUUUGGUACAUCAGACGAAACAGAUAAUUUUGGUGAUUUUGAAACUACAGCACAGAUAGAAGAGAGUAAAGAUGGUAACUCUGUUACUGAAAGUAAAGAAUUUGGUGACUUUGGUACAUCAAAACAAACAGAUAAUUUUGGUGGCUUUGCAAACUUUUCUCCUAAUAUUGUUAAUAUAAAAUCGGAUAAUAGCUGGAAUGCUUUUCCAACUUCUUCUAACAAUGCUUCAACAAAACAGUUGGUUUCAAAGUGUUUAACUGUGGUUGCAUCAUGCUUUCCUUAUUUGGAUGCACACAAGGAUGUAAAUCGCAAGCGACUGUAUGAUUUAUUGUGUCAUCUGAACAAUAGCAGUAAUCCUGAUGAGGAAAUUAGUUUGUGGGAGGAUUUACAGAUGGAAAGUGGUGAUGGUAACAGAUGGUUGAAUAUGUAUUUUGUUUCAGACUCAUUCAAAACUCAGAUUGUGUCGUUUGAUUUGGACUAUGUGACUAUCCAUAAAAAGACCUACAACAAGUCUGUUGGAAGACUGACGCCAUCUUUGUCGCCGGCUACAUCAAUUGGAAGCCUGGAUAUUGAUGCACCGUUUGGUAUAUUGCAACCAGAACCAGCUGCAGUGGUUCCAUCAAAGAACACUCUUCUCGCCCAAAGUAAAAAGAGUCAUGUGGAAAGAGUUCCGUCGCUAUCGAGUAUUAAAAGAGAAAGUGGAUCAGAACCGACGUCGGAAACGGCGUCCUUGGACUUAGAUUUCUUCAUAACAGGGAGUUCAACAGCAGAUAACGAUGCUAAAGGAAACGUAAACCUGGAUUUAUGCGAUAUCGAUUUAUCUGCGUUUGGAAAUGUAAAAAGUGACGGCACUGAAAAGGAGCUUCAAAUUGACGCCAAACCAGAUACGCAUUCCUCUCUACCGCCCUUGGAAGGUGCGUUAAGUUCGCCAACCGAACUUUCCAGCAAUACAUUCCAGCUGCGCAAUUUUAGUUCAAGCGACGAUGGAUUUACUAGUGGUAGCAGUAGUGCAAGAACCCACGAUGGAGAAUUCGAACGGACAAUAAAGGAGGGCAAUCUUAGCGAAACUAAACAUGAAAGUAUUAACUAUGCACCGUCCUCUGAUAUAUCCAGCGUCACAAGCCUACCGCUCAACUUGUAUUCACGUGUGCCUCCGAAAGAUAAUUUUAAGGAUGAUGCAAUAAAGUCGUUAACUCCAACUCUUUUAAAAAAUGCGGAGGAAAUGCCCUUUGAAAAUAUGUCCAAAUUGGCAGAAAAAAAUGCUACGAAUAAGACAGAUGGAUUUUCUGAUUUUAGUGCAUUCACGAGCAGUGACCUUGCAUCAAAUGGCGACGCCGUUUUUACCGGGUUUGCAAGUAACAAAGCUGCUUCAGUUGUUCCAGUAGAUCCAAACGACAAGUAUUCUUUCUUGUAUGAGUUGCAAGAGACAGUCGGCUCACAGAGCGACUUGUCAUCGUUUUCAAAUUUUACCAAAGUUUCAAAGUCGUCACCUGACGCCGAAGUCUUAAAGUCGUCGGCUGAUUCUAUAGCAGUGCCGUUAGAACGUUCUUUGCCAGAUGACAAUAGCAUUUUGCUUUCUUCAAAUGUAACUGAAGCAGUUCCGGAGACGAUAACAACAACGCUACCAUAUUCAUCAACGUCUACAAGUAAAGAUGCUUUUUCAGGAUUUGAAAGUUUUCAGACCGAACCAGUUAAAUGUGAUACGGCACCAGUAAUUAAUGCAAAAUCACAGGAUGACGGUUUUGCUUUUAAUGCGUUCGGUAAUUUACAAGGUAGCGAGAAAGAGAAAACCGAGUUCUCGGACUUCUCCACAGCAAACGGCAGCUUUGGUGAUUUUGCUCAGUUCGAGUCAAGUUCUGUUAGUCCAAGUGAAGACUUUAAAAACGAUGUUUCUGCACUAAAUAUCCAAUCAAACCAGCUCUCGUCUGACCACCUAAAGCAGUUCGUACCCGCCAACUCAAGCAAAAGCGUAACGUCAUCUGACAUUUCGCAGUCCGUAGUAAGCGGCGAACAAAACGAACCGAGCCUAAAGAACCCUUUUGAUUUUAGCCUUAGUAAGGAAAACACCGAGACAGACAAGUUUGCAAAUUUUAAAGCAUUCGAACAGGCGGAAGUAAAGGAUGAGGUAAAAGCAAAUGAUUUCGGAGAUUUCUUUUCUUCCGCUACCUCAGCAACAUCGCCAGCAACCCAAGAAACUAAUUUUACAGAAUUUGCCGAUUUUACGUCGGUUGGCAAUAACACUGAUGAUUUCACAAUGAAGUCAAAUAUUUCAACAGCUGAAGCAGUCGUACCUGCACAAGUCCCCGGGCCUGCAUCGAACGUGUUGAUACCGCAAUCCGGUAGCAACUCUGUACAUCCGGAUGAUAAGUAUUCUGCGUUUAAAAAUCUUGUGUCCCCAGUCGAUACAAGGACCUUUUCACUACAAUCUUCCACAGUUGGCCUUCAACCAGAAACCAUUUCGGUGGAUCCCAACGAUAAAUAUUCAGUUUUUAAAAAUGUAAAUAGUGAAACCGGAAACCGGUCAACUAUUUUGUCAUCCCCUCCAAUUUCAAGUCAACAUGCUACAAACCAACUCGCUGACAGCAGUUUUGGUGAGUUUAGCGCAGUUAGUAGUACGGCCGGUCAUGUUAAUGUUGCUGGUAAUAACGGCAAUUUAACGUCAACAUCUCGACCGAUUUUGCACUCUAUCGUCAACUUGGUCAAUUCUUCUAUAAAUGUCAAUGUACCUUCAAUGACGCAGUCUAAUAAUUCGGCUUCAGAUUUUGCAAAUUUUGCAUCUGCUGAUUCGAGUGCGUUUACAGACUUUAGUGACCCUACUAUGUCAAUGUCGAGUAAUUUUACGACCAAAGAAGCAAUUUCCUCUCCAAACUUCGGAAAUUUCGAAGCAAACUUAAAUAACAUGCAAAAAGCUAGCACCGAUACAAGUGGCUUCACCAGUUUUUCCAACGCUGAUACUUUCAACGCCAUAAAAAUCUCUCCCAACUCGUCCUCUACUGUUGCAAAUUUAAGUACAAUUUCGAACAACGAACAAACUGGAAGUUUUAAUUCACCGGCAUACGAUAACAUUCAAACUAAGAAAAGGACAAGCGAUUUUUCGGAUUUCGCUUCUUUUGAAAGCGCGGCGCCAAGCGACGAUUUUGCAAUGUCAUCAUCAUUAUCUGUUUCUGAGACCAAACCUGAAAAUAACAUGGCUGUUACAAACACAAAUGAUUUUGGCGAUUUUGGUGGCUUUACGGAUUUUCAAUCGUUCCCAACACCACAGCAAGCAAACGAUGUGGGUGUAUAUAUGACUAAUCCAAAUAAUAUGCCACCACAGACCAAUCAGAACUUCAAUAUGCCACCACCGACCAAUCAGAACUUUAAUAUACCACCACAGACCAAUCAGAACUUUAAUAUACCACUACAGACUAAUCAGAACUUCAAUAUACCACCGCAGACCAAUCAAAACUUUAAUAUGCCACCACAGACCAAUCAGAACUUUAAUAUGUCACCACAGACUAAUCAGAACUUUAAUAUGCCACCACAGACCAAUCAGAACUUCAAUAUGCCACUGCAGACCAAUCAAAACUUUAGUAUGCCGACACAAGUCAAUCAAAACUCGGUUAUGCCACCACAAACCAAUCAAAAUUUUAAUAUGCCACCACAGAACAAUCAAAACUUUAAUAUGCCACCGCAGACCAAUCAAAACUUCAAUAUGCCACCGCAGAGCAAUCAAAACCAGAACUUUAAUAUGUUUUCGCAAGCCAAUCAAAACUACAGUAUGCAACCGCAGGCCAAUCAGAAAUUUAAUACGCAACAAUUUACUCAAAACUAUAAACAGCAUCAACAAGCUAGCCACAACUUAGAAAUGCAAGCUAAUCAAAUGCCAGCAUACCCGGGGUUUCAUGCGCACAACCAAAACCAAUUUGCACCAAAUCAACCAUUUGUUUCAAACCGGCAUGGCUUCUUUUCCCACUCAGGUGCUCAACAAAGGCAUACAGCACCGUCGAAAUCAAAAUAUCACCCACCCCCAGGCGGGGAUCCCUUCGCUGCGUUCAAUUUGCGUAGUAACGCAGAAAAACUAUCUUUGCCAGUAACGAAUAAAUCUUUUCAAAAACCAAAACCAAAGCUAAAUCAGAUACCAACGAAAGGUUCUCAUUAAUGUUUCGAGUCAUUUUAUCGCUUAGAUUUCUUCCUAAUAUUGUCUGUGAAUAUUAUGUUUUUGGAUUUCUGUGUACUUGUUGUAAAUUUAAUGUUUUAACAUAAUAUGCUUGCUUUUAUAUUCUAAAAAUUUCUUUUUUUUAUCCUGUUGACUUGUGUGUGUGACUUCUUGUAGUUUUUUUGUCACGGAGAUUAAUUUUUUUUUUCAUAAUGGUGUCACGAGCUAUGCUAUCAACUACUAUCACUUUUACGCACUUUAUCUGUUUUGAAUUUUUUUAUGGAGAUUUAUUUUUAUGUCUUUGAAUAAAUUGAAAUAAUUAUUUCUUUAUUUUAUAUGGUAUAUGUACAAAGAAAAAAUUUCAAGGUAAUUUAUUUUUGUG